CGCGCUGCUCUGCACUUUCAUUCACAAAACACAGAAGUUUCAGUCCAAACCACCACCAGUGCUCCUGCCCACUCCGUUCAGCCCCCUAAACUCCGCCGCGUCUCGCGGAAGUUUUUUGGCCAACGACUGCACCUUUCGCGGCCGUUUUCUUCGUAGAGAACUUUCCUUCGACCAGCUAUCUCCUUGACUAGGGAAUCAGUCGCCGCCAAGCCAUGUCUUCCACGAUGCAGUUACUAUCGCUACCACCCCCUUGCGCCUCACUCCGCCGCUCCCGCGCAUCUCUCCGCUCCACGGAUACAUGCUUCCGCGCCUCAGCAGCCCUCUCCCGCAAAUCCGUCCCCCCCUCGUCCCCGCUAACCGCCUCCUCCGCGCGAGUCUUCCCGCGGAGCCCACGCCUCCUGCGGACGCCUUAUGAGGGGGCUGCGCCUUCUCGCGGGGGAAGCGCGCGCGCUAGGGGGAAGGGGGACGACCCGCGGGAGCGCGCGGAGCCAGUGGAGGCGGAAAUAGUGGGGGACGACGAGUGGGACCAGUUGCGCGGAAGGCGGAUGGGGAGCGCAAUGCGCGGAGGGAGCGACAUGCGCGGGGCGCAGGGGGGAUUCGACUUGUACGAGGGGGAGAUGAUGCGCGGAAAGGGCGCGGAGGAGCUCCCGCCUGGGUGGGAUAUCCCCGAUAUGAUUAUUCUGGAGGAGAACGUGUGGGCCAGCAAACCCUUCUGGUGCCAGCCGUGGACCAUAUUGUUAACGGGAGCCGUGGCCGUGGGGAUGUCGUGGGCCAUCCUGCAUUUCAUCUUCCUCACUCUCAUCGUCGCCGCUGCCAUCGGCGUCUGGUGGCUCACCUUCCUCGUUGCUUACCCUGCUGCUUAUAAAGAGAUGGUCCAAGAAGAGAAGAGGAGGAGGGGAAUGUAGCCCCUCACUAGUAUGAUAGAUGACAACAGACAGCAUGGUCUGUUUUGGUAGUGUUGUUGAGCCAAAUCUGGUUGUACAGGGUAACGGGAUUUAUGGAUCGCCUAUACAGUGGUUCAGGUUUUGAAUGGGGUCAUUCCGGCACUCUUCCCAGCUGCAGGUGGGAAGGUGUCUAGUUGGUUGGCUGGCGUAUCUAAGCUGAGUGCUACAUACGGUACAUACUCUAGUCUCUUCCAAGUUCCAACGCCCUGAAUGCUGCAGAAGCACAGGGUUUAGGGGUGAUACACAUGCUUCCACUGGUUCCAUUAUACCUGUUAUGUUUUUUACGGCACCAUAUUGAAAGAUAAUAAUGGAAGUAGGAUAGG